AUGCAAGUCUUUAGGCAAGGCCCGGUCGGCAGCGGCGGGGGAGACGGAAUUGAACCGGCGACGGAGGAAGAAGGGACAGGUGGUGCCGGAAGGGUGUUUCACGGUAUACAUGUGGGAGAGAAGCAGUGGUUUGUGGUGAAAACAAAGUACGCGAACCACCCCUGUUCCGGGUCCUACUGGAGGAGGCGGAGUCGGAGUUCGGGUAGAGCCCGGAUGCCCGCUGGUGCUGUUGUGCGAUGUAGCGUGCUUCUAGAAGGUGCUGGUGGCGAUGGCCUCGGAGGAGGCAGGGGAAGAAGAGCUGUCUCGGAGGUCCACCGAAUUUCGUACCUCGGAUUGGGUCACGAGAGCGGGGAGACGCGGACCGGUCCGGCGAUCAGGGGAGCGCUGCGACGGUGA